AUAAAAUAAGACUUCAAUAUCUAAUCCAUAUUUAGACUCUGCUUAGUGUGCAAACAGACCUCAAUAUAAGAGUGAGGGAGAGCACGACCAGGAUCAGAGGAGACCAGAGGAAUUUCUACCAGUGGGCUGAAAAAAUUUCAUCUGGUGUCAAGGAGCAGGAAGAUUUUAGUAAGCCGCCACCAUGAGUACGGACGCGGAGAUGGCCGUUUAUGGCAAGGCUGCCAUUUACCUCCGUAAGCCUGAGAAGGAGAGAAUCGAGGCUCAGAAUAAACCCUUCGAUGCAAAGACUGCCUGCUACGUGGUUGAUGAUAAAGAGCUGUACGUCAAGGGAACAAUCAAGAGCAAAGAUGGUGGCAAAGUCACUGUUAUUGUGAAUGACACUAAAGAGGAAAGAGUUGCUAAGGAGGAUGACGUCCACCCAAUGAAUCCUCCCAAGUUUGACAAGAUUGAGGACAUGGCCAUGAUGACCCAUCUCAAUGAACCCUCUGUGCUGUAUAACCUCAAAGAGCGUUAUGCCGCAUGGAUGAUCUACACCUACUCUGGGCUGUUCUGCGCUACCGUGAACCCCUACAAGUGGCUCCCAGUGUAUGAUCCAGAAGUGGUGGCUGCCUACAGAGGCAAAAAGCGUAUGGAGGCCCCACCCCACAUCUUCUCUGUCUCUGACAACGCCUAUCAGUUCAUGUUGACUGAUAGAGAAAACCAGUCUGUCCUGAUUACUGGAGAAUCUGGUGCUGGAAAGACUGUGAACACCAAACGUGUCAUCCAGUACUUUGCCACAGUUGCAGUUCAGGGUGAUAAGAAGAAAGAGCAGACUGCCGGCAAAAUGCAGGGCUCUCUUGAGGACCAGAUUAUUGCUGCCAACCCUCUGCUUGAGGCUUAUGGUAAUGCCAAGACUGUGAGAAAUGACAACUCCUCUCGUUUUGGUAAAUUCAUCAGAAUUCACUUUGGCACAUCUGGAAAACUGGCUAGUGCUGACAUUGAGACAUAUCUGCUGGAGAAGUCUAGAGUGACAUUCCAGCUUCCAGACGAGAGAGGCUACCACAUCUUCUACCAGAUGAUGACCAACCACAAGCCUGAGCUGAUUGAAAUGACACUCAUCACCACCAACCCCUAUGACUUCCCCAUGUGCAGUCAGGGUCAGAUCACAGUGCCAAGCAUUGAUGAUAAAGAGGAGCUGGUUGCUACUGAUACUGCUAUUGACAUUCUGGGCUUCAGUAAUGAGGAGAAGAUGGGCAUCUACAAGUUCACUGGAGCUGUGCUCCAUCAUGGUAACAUGAAGCUUUCGGAGGUAAAUGGCAGCCUUGCCAUAAACGGCCAUCUCCGCGUCCGUACUCAUGGUGGCAGCUUACUGUAG